CAGAAUGAACCUGCCACACAAUUAACAGAGGAGGAUGCUAACAGCAGGCACCUGGCAACCAUGAGCCCAAGCACAGCCCCAGAGACCACUGAAGGCAAAAUGUCAGUCCCAUUAGAAGAUAAAGAAGAUAUCUCAGGAAAUCCUUUGCUUUUGGUUUCUCAUAUCAGACCAAUGGAACUAGGUAUCUCUACAUCAAUAAUGGAGCCUCCUAAUAAUUCACCUUUUAUCCCAACUGUUGCAAAUGAAGGAGGAAAACACUGGACUAUGCCAGAAGUCAGGGCUUUAAUAGGCAUCUGGUCAGAUAAAAGCAUCCAACAACAACUAGAGGGAACAGUGAGAAACAAAAGGAUAUUUGAACUAAUUGCUGCCAAGCUUCAGAAAUCUGGAAUAGAGAGAGACUGGAAGCAGUGCCGAACAAAGUACAAAAACCUGAAACACGAAUACAAGAUUGUAAGAACAGCUCAGGACCUAGGCAUGACUAGGAAUAUGAAAUUCUUUACCGAGUUGGAUGCUAUUCUGGGACACAAGACAGAAAAAUCACAAGAAUUUCAAGAUGGAGAACAAGCCACAGAAAGUACUGAUGUAAAAAUGGAAGAAGACCAGAUAGGUAGGAUUUUUCUUUUUUUCCCCCCAACACUGGGGAUGAACUCAGGGCCUUGUGCAUGCUAGGCAACUGCUCUAGCACUGAACCAUACAUUUUAAUCUUAA